AUGAGUUGCCUUUCGGAAAAGUUGGCGGAGAGGGAAGCCGCUGGUAUUCCAAUCCAAGUUGGGGUCAUCGGCGCUGGAAAAUUCGGGUCUAUGUUCAUUGCUCAAGUGUACCGAUCACCAGGAAUGAAGCUCGCCGGUGUAUGCGAUCUCAACACCGCUCGCAUCUACGACGCUUUUAAACGAACAAACUAUCCGGAAAGCAGAACCGACAUGACUGGCACGAUGAGCCUGACUGAAGGGAUCAAGUCCGGCAAGACAAUCGUGACUACUGACUCUGCUGCCCUCAUCUCCCACCGCGAGAUCGAUGUCAUUCUUGAAAUCACUGGAAGUCCAGCGGCUGGUGUGCGCCACGCGCUCCUGUGCUGCGAGCACAAAAAGCACAUCGUAAUGAUCAACGUCGAGGCAGACGUUCUCGCAGGCCCACUCUUGGUCAGAAAAGCUAAAGAGGCGGGUAUCAUAUACUCCAUGGCAUAUGGUGAUCAGCCUGCCCUGAUCUCGGAGCUCGUCGACUGGGCCAGAACCUGUGGGUUUGAGGUGAUGUGCGCCGGCAAAGGGACCAAGUAUCUGCCGCAGUACAAAUACUCCACACCCGACACGGUAUGGGAUCUAUAUGGUUUCACACCUGAACAGGUGGCUAGGGAUAGUCUGAACCCACAAAUUUUCAACUCGUUCCUCGACGGAACUAAGUCAAGCCUGGAGAUGGCAGCUGUGGCGAACGGCACUGGGCUGAGCUGUCCGACUAACGGGUUGAGCUUCAGCCCUUGCGGAUAUCACGACAUGGCAAAUGUCUUGAAGCCCAUCUCCGAAGGCGGGCUCAGUGAAAAGCCUGGCAUGGUUGACGUUGUGUCGUCUUUGGAGCUCAACGGAAGGCAGGUGUUUAGAGAUGCCAGGUUUGGUGUAUACGUGGUGCUCAAAGCACCUAGUGAUUACCAAAGGGAAUGCUUUGAGCAAUACGGCCUGGAGACAGACACGUCAGGCUACUACGCAACGCAGUACAAACCGUUCCACUUGAUCGGCCUGGAAGUUGGCUUCUCAGUGGCGAGCAUUAUGUGUCGCGGUGAACCAACAGGACAGACCAAGACAUUUGCAGGUGAUGUGAUUGCUACUGCAAAGCGGGACCUCCAGGUCGGCGAAGCGCUAGACGGUGAAGGCGGGUUUACCGUAGUUGGUAAGUUGAUGCCUGCAGAAGUAUCUUUGGAAAUGGGAGGUCUACCAAUCGGACUGGCCCACCGUCUGAGGCUUAAGAGAGAUAUAAAGAAAGAUCAAAGUCUCAGCUGGGACGACGUUGAGUUUUCAGAAACAUCGCAGGUCGUGGCUGUUAGAAGAGAAAUGGAGGCUAUCUUCCGCGAAGAGUUUGCGGCCGAGAAGCUGAAACAAAAAAGGACCUCGAAUCGAAUAUCAAACGGCGUUUCGGUUGAUUUUCGAAAUGGGGUGAUACAAGUCUAA